AAAUGCCACUAGUGGACCAUAGACUAUCACUGCAGAACCUCGUUAAAGAAAAGAGAAAAAGUCUCCUCCAGGCGGCUCCGAACCUUUUCCUGCUUCCGUCGCGAUGAUUGGACCGUUCAAUCUGUAGACCCGCCUCUCGAAAUGGCGUCAUCCCGCGGGGCCUGUCGGAAGUCGUAGUUCUCCGUUGGAACACACGUGCCGGGGGAAGCAUGAGCGGGAGGCCGAAGCGGUGGCCGCCCCGGGCGGGGGCUUCGUCUCCGCCGCCGCCGCCGGGAAAAACCGCCAAGAAGCGCGUGAAGCGGCAGAUCUGCGUGGACUUCUCUGCCGCCUUGAGGGAGCCGGCCUUGAAGGAGAAAGUGGCCGCGGCUUGGGCCCGCCAGGAGCCGCUGGAGCAUGAGGCAGUCACUCUGGAUCCUGCUCCUUUCCCCCACUGUGUUAUCCCAGAUUUCAUCCCCAGCCGGGACUUCCUGGAGGAGCUGCGGAGGGAACUCCUGACUCUAGAUUUCCACGAAAAGUGUAAUGAUCUGUACAAGUUCAAACAGUCAGAUGACCUAAAGAGGAGAGGAUGGCCCCACAUUGCGGCAUUAAGAAAAGUUCUUUUUGAAGAAUUCCGGUCUUGGCUUUCUGACGUGAUCCAGGUAGAGCUGGAACCAACCAUUGAUCUGUCCUGCGCUAAAUAUGAAUAUACAGAUACCCUGCUGUGCCACGACGAUGAGCUGGAGGGGCGGCGAAUCGCAUUCAUCCUUUACCUUGUACCCCCCUGGGAUAAGCACGAUGGGGGCACUUUGGACCUCUUCUCUACAGAUGAUCAUUUCCAGCCUUUGCAGAUUGUCAAGUCUUUGGUUCCUUCCUGGAAUUCACUCACUUUCUUUGAAGUGUCACCAGUCUCCUUCCACCAGGUGUCUGAAGUCAUUUCCAAAGAGAAAUGCCGCUUGUCAGUGAGCGGCUGGUUUCACGGCCCCUCGCUUCCAAGACCACCACGUCCUGUGGAGCCACAGAUUCCACAAAGCCCCCACAUCCCUCGUGAUCAUGAAAUCUUGUAUGAUUGGAUCAAUCCCGUUUAUUUGGACAUGGAUUCCCAAGAACAGAUCCAGGAAGAGUUUGAAGAUCGAUCAGAGAUCUUGCUGAAAGACUUUCUCAAGAGAGACAAGUAUCAGCGGGUUUGCAAAGCUCUGAAGACGGAAGGACUCGGCUGGAGCACUAAAGGGCCACCCAACCACAGGCAUUACGAGAAAGCAGAGGAGAAGAGCUUGCCGGCCAUUUUAAAAGGGUGUUUCGAACUCUUCCGCUCCGAGGCCUUGUUCCUGCUGCUUUCCAAUUUCACGGGCCUGAAGCUACAUUUUCUAGCCCCAGAAGAGGAAGAGGAAGGAGGAGGAGGAGGAGGAGGAGAGUCUUCUGAAAGCUCACAACGACCCAGCAGUCAAGAGGAAGCUGGCAAUACAGACUGUACAGAGGCAUCAGGGAGCGUCUCCGAAAAUGAGGACAACCAAGAGAAUGGUGUCCCUCUUUGCACUGGAGAACUGAGACACUGGAGGAAAGGAUGCUACACUCUGAUCCACGAUGCCCAAAGAGCAGAGUUUGCCUUGGAUCUGCUGCUGUUCUGUGGGUGUGAAGACUGGAACGUCGAAUCGGGAGGCUUCACUUCAUACAUUGCAAAAGGCGAAGACGAAGAGCUGCUGACGGUUAAUCCAGAGGCCAAUUGCCUGGCUUUAGUUUACAGAGAUCGAGAGACACAGAAAUUUGUGAAGUACAUUAACCACCGUAGUCUGGAGCAGACGCCGGAUGAAAAAGAAUUCUGGGAUUUCUCCUUUGUUUACUACGAAUGAGAGAUGGUGCCAGCAAGUGACGGCAAACCGUUUCUCCUAAAUACUCAAAAGGACCAUUUUUUUUUACAAACAAAGAUUCUGUUGUACAAUCUGCUUUACUCUGAUGUUCCUGCAAAAGUGAACACUCCUUUUCUGGGGGCCCUUUUGGAAAUGACGUGGUCUGAGCUGCUGUGGGGGGCCCACAAAGCUUCCACAUUAGCAAUGUAAAUACCACUUUAUUUGGGCUGAGGCAGGACUUUGGUUAUGGUUCAGCCUAAACAGCCUCAGAAAACAAGGUAGCAUGGACAAAGCCAAUAUUUGCUAUGUUUUCCAAAACUCACCACUUAUUUCUCACAGACAAAAAAGAAGGGUGUUUUCUAUUGAUCUAAUUGUGUGGUAUUUUGUAGGUUGAGUUAAUAAUCGGGGAAGGUUAUUAUGGUUUGUUGAGUAAGUCUCUACUGGUUGGAUUCACGGAGCUUGUUAAACCGUAAAUCAAGCAGCCUUUGAAAUGGGUAAACCUAAAUGGCUUGCUGGCGGCUGCACCAAAGAGAGAAUCCUAAUUCAGUUAUAAUAGUUGCAACCAGCUUAAAAAUCAAGACAAAAUUCUGAACCAGAAAUGGUUAAAUUUUAAAAAGGCAGUGACCCUUUUUAAACUUUAUUCUCAAUCGAGACCUCACACUAAUUUAUAAUAAUAAAAAAAGCUUGGCGUGA